CCUCCUCCACGAGGGUAAGCCCUAUAUUUACUCUUUUUCUUAUCUUUUUUUUUGUAUUUACUGCUGCCUUUCACUGUGUGUGUCAUCCAUCCAGGAGCAUGUACAAGGGUUUAUGACCCUCAAUAGGGGACUCUUCGGGAGGAUGGGAAUUUAAUGUCAAUUGCCCAUCGACCUCACUGGAUGUAGCCGAUAUUAAUAAUGAGAAUUCAUUUAAAGAUGCCCUCAUUGAUUCAUCUUUAUCAAUCCCCUGUGAAGGCAGAUUUGAUGUGGUGAGUUCCUCAGGUUCUAAAGGUAAUGGCGUUGGAGGAGGAAGAGGUUAGUAUUGUGAUGAGGUUAGCAAAGAAGAAAUUUGGGAGAUUCUUGGAGGGUGGACACACAAGGGUUUACACAUCAAAAAUAUCUCAUGGUUACAUAUGGAGCAUGACCAAUAUGGAGAGGAAUCCCUUUGUUAAUGCUUUAGAACCCUUUAUGAAUGAGAUCAAUGAGGGCAGAAAGAUGGAGAGAGAAUACAUUGACCAACUAGCAACUCAUGGGGAAAUCCCGAUCAGGAAUGAUAGACAAGUGAUUUGGAUGGAGGGUUCCCCUGGCUGGACAACCUGGGUGGACUAGUGAGUCCUUGAGCAUACAACCUCUAUUUUUUUAUUUGUAUAGAGAUUUCAAUGGCUAUUUUGUACAAAACAUACUGGUAUUUAGUGUAUGUUAGUGUGUAUUUAAUCUCAUAUCAUAAUUAUGUUGAUUGUUAGAUGGUUAACUUUUGAUUAGGUCUUGGACAUAAUAGAUGUUAUACUAUUA